GAGCUCCCCUGGUACGUCUCCGAGACAUACGUCUACCACAGACUGCUGGAAGCGACGGGAUACUUCAAGCCGGGCACCAAGGGAUAUGGCUUUGACGUGUUCGCGGCGGAGAAGAAGGAGGCGCUGGAGCAGGCGCUGCCUCAGGUAGACGUCAGGAUGCAGACUUGCAUGCAGGCCAAGGGCAAGUGGUCGUUCCAGGACUUCAAGUCGCUCCUGCACAUGUCGCUGUGGGGGAAUCAGGGGGACAGCAGCCUGUUCACCGUGCAAGACAUGUCGUCCAAGGGAAUUUCCGACGUGGAGCAGUCGAGGCUCAUAGUCGACGACUCGAGCCUCUCGUUCCUCAUACUGGACCGCAAGCAAGUGCCUGUCAUUCACAUCUUCAACGACAACUCCGGAAUGGAGCUCGUGUCUGACUUGGCCCUUGCCCACUACCUGGUCUCCUCGAAGCCCUCUUCCACUGUCGUACUGCAGCUGAAGCCCUAUCCCUUCUUCGUCUCCGACGCCACGGUGGCAGACGUUCAUGCCACGAUAGAGACGCUCAGGCUGAGCUCCAAUGCUAACCAGCAACAGGUUGCCGCGGACUUGCUGCAGUACAUUCAGGAUGGCAGGAUACGCCUACAGGGCGACGGAGACCUCAAUUUCUUCCUAGCUUCCCCCAAGCCCAUGUGGGAGAUGCCCCUGAAUGUUCGCGACUCCCUGGCAGAUGUCGAUCUCGUCAUCUGCAAGGGCGACUUGAUGUACCGCAAGUUGUUGGGAGAUCGGACGUGGAACACCAACGAGCUCUUUCAAGACAUCAUUAGCUACUUCCCCUGCUCAGUCACGGCUCUCCGCACCUGCAAAGCCCCGCUCGCCAUCGGGGUAGAUGACGAAGCUUCUGAAAGGCUGAGCAAGGCAUCUCCCUCUUGGAUGGUGAACGGAGAGUACGGGAUGAUCCAGUUCUGCCUUCCUCCCAUUCUCUAUGACCUUCAAGUCAGCGACUCGUUGAUUCGCAUCAACAUGGAUGAAGAAGCUUCCAUCCAACGUAUGCAAGGCAUGAUGCGCUAA